CUCUCGUCGCGCGAGCACAGCGCCACGCAGGCCUUUCUCUACAGCCGCGUGCUCUUCCAGGGCGCGCACCUGCCGCCGUCGAACGCCGUGCUGCCGGCGGCACCCAUCGCCGGCGGCUACUGGACGGCGCGCAAGGGGCGCACGUCGUUUCCCUUCUCCUUCCGCCUGCCCGCCUCGGCGCCGUCGUCGGCGACGUUUGCCGGCAACGCGGCGCUGCGCUACAGCGUCAAGGCGAGCGUGCAGACAUGGUGGAACGACGCCAAGCACAUCGUCUGCGCGCGCACCGACGCCGACGUCGUCGAGCGCUGGGAGGACGAGCACGACGAGGCGUACCGCCAGCCCAUCGAGGCCGUCGCCGACACGCGCCUCUUCAUGGGCGGCACGGGCGCCGUGUGGCUCGAGGCCGGCAUCACCGAGCAGCUCUUCGUCGCCGGCUCCAACAUCCUGCUCCGCUGCGGCGUCAAGAACAACACCAAGCGGCACCUUUCCGGCCUCAAGGUGUACAUCGCGCGGCGCCUCAUCGUCUCCGGCCCGCCCGGCGCGCCUGCACGCAUGGACGCGCCGGCGCCGCACAUCACCGAGAUCCUGCAUGAGCAGUCCUUCAACGGCGCCGGCUACCAGUUCGGGCCGGGCGAGGAGCUCGUGACAAACGUGCUCGUCGACCUGCCGCGCGAGCUGCGCAGCGUGCGCAAGACGCGCCUCUUCGAGGUGCAGCCCAUCGCCAUCGUCGAGGCGCAGCUCGGCAGCUUCGCCAAGCCGCUGCAGGUCGAGAUUCCCUUCUUCGUCGCGCAUGCCGCCAGCCUGCGCCGCGCGCCCGAGCCGACGCUGGAUGCGCUGCACCCGCACCCGCACGGGCACGCGCCGCCGCCACGCUCGCACUCGUCGGCCGGACACCACGGCGCCCACCAUGGCGCUCACGCGGCGCUGCCACACCGCGCACGCCCGCACCACCAGCACGCCGCUGCCCCGCCCUCGCCCUCGCUCGCGGCGCUCGAAGCGUACGGCGCCGAGCGAGGCUGGUCUCCGGCACCCUGGGGUGGCGCUCCGCCAUCGCGGCCGGCGUCGGCAGGCGGCUUUGUGCAGCUCCCGGCCUCGCCGCUGCCCUUUGCCGUCGAUCCCAGCGCUCAUCAGCUGCAGUGGGACCCGCAGGCACAUGGCUGGGGCGCAAGUGCCUUCGUUGUGCCGCAGAUGCCGCGCUCUGCCAGUGCAGCACCGAAUCUGGCACAGCAGCAGCAGUUCUUCGCCGUGCCACCGACGGCUGCCUUUGCGCCGCCGCAGCGCAGCGUCAGUGCUGCGCCGACUCUGGCGCCGCAGCACCUGCGCACCGGCACGGCUGGCAGCACGCACCUCAUGCAGCAGCAGGUGCAGUCGCGCAACGUCAGCGCGCCGGGCAAUCUCGGCUCGCAUGGCGCGUCGGAGCCAGCGCAGCUGCUUCUGCAUACGCCGCAGGCCGCCAAGCCCUCGCCACUUGUGCCCUCGUCGCCGCUUGCGCCCGAGGCGCCCGUCGAGGAACUGGCUGGCCUCGCCACCAUCGAGGAGGACAGCGAGUCUGCGGCCGGCACGGUGCGCUCGCUGCGUGCGCUCGGCGCCGCCGGCAGCGUGAGCCGGCGCGACGUGGCCAAGUUCGAGGAGAUGGCCGACGAGCACGAGGCGCGCGAGGAGAUGCGCAGCAUGGGCAUGGUGCCCGAGGAGGAGCCUUGCUCGCCGAGACCGGCACAGGUCGCCUCGAUCAGUCACGAGGCAAUCGUCGCCAAGACGCUGCCCGGGCCGCCCGUGCCCAGUAGCAAAGAGAGCCGCUCGACGGCACGGCCGCGCGCCAGCGACCUCUUCGCCAAGCCCGCACCUGCGGCGAGUGCCCCGCAGCCCGGGCCAGACUUGCCGACGACGCUGCGCAACGCAGCACCUCCAAGCGAGAGCAAAGCUGCGACAUCUGCUGCCUCUCCUGCGCGCGCCGGCCUCGCAGCCCUCGAGACGCGUCUGCGCUCUCCGGCGCCCGAUGCGCCGCAGAUGCCCGUGAGCCCGCGCCUGGCGCCGUCGCCGCGAGCAGCAUCAGAGCGACGCAGCAGCGGCGCCUUGCGUGCCGCAGCAGCGACUGCCGCAGCUGCGGAGCGCGAGCGCACGGCGCGCGAGGCAGAAGAUGCGAAGCGGCGAGAGGCUGAGGCUGCCAAGAGCCAGAGGGAAGCGGCGGCGCGAAAGGCGCAAGAAGAGCAGGCCCGCAAGAGCAAAGCCGAAGCGGCAAGACUCAGCCGGCAUUUGCAGGAGCAGGAAGAGAAGGCGGCCGCGACAGAAAAGCAGCGCGAGGAGCAGCGCUCGGCUCUCGAGACGGCCGCGAAGCAGCAGGCUCCCGAGGACUCGGCCAAGGCUCUGCCCGCCGCGCGCUCGGGCUCCAACGUCAGUCUCGAACGCAGCGCCUCAAACGCCAAGGAAGCGAAUGGCGAGCGCAAGGCAAUCAACCCUGGCGAGGUGCGCAGCCUGCACCGCCAGGCCGUCUCGCGCGUCGACGGCUGGCUCUCGGGCACGCCCACGGCCUCGACGCGCAGUGGCGACGAUGCGGCAGCCAAGCCCGCGCCCUCGGAGCUGCUGCACCACACGCUCGAGAAGCCGAAGACGCCGCCACAAUCGUACCUCUUCGAUUCGACGCCCAGCGCCAUGCCUGCGUCGCGCGAUGCUGCGCGCGAAGGCCUGCCUGCGACCAGUAAAGUCGCCGCGGGUGGAAUGUCGUCUGCGCUCUCUGCGGACCUGCGCGCUCUCGUCGACGGCGCAGAGGUGCGCGCGGCGCCCAAGCCAGGCACAGCCAUCCUGGCGCACGCUGCCAGCCGCCGCUUCUCGAGCGGCCCUCCGAAGUGCGACGAGACGCCGGCUCCUACGGCUACGUCGCCAGCUUCGCGCCGCGUCUCGAUGCCCGUGCCUCCGCCCGCUGCUGCGCCGGCAAGCGAGAGCGCCAGCGUCGUGCAGAUCAGCGUGCCGCUGAGUGUGCGCAAGGAGCUGCUCGCCGCCGAUGCCGCACAUGCCGCCGGCGAGGGCGCCGUCGAGAAGCGCGAGGCGCCGCCAGUGCGCGGCGGCCGCGUCUCGAGCGUGGCGAGCAUGUGGGCGUCGAUUGCCGAGGGCAGCGACGGCGCACUGCUGCCCAUGCCGCCGACGCUCUCGGCCAAGCCCAAGGCGCGCACGCCGCGUGCCGGUGCGCCGGCCCUCGACUUCAGCAGCAAGACCGCAGCCGCAUCUGCAAAGGGCUCUGCGCCGGCUGCAGCCGCUCAGCCGCCGACGGCCAUCGCCGCGCCCAAGGCGCUGCGCCCGACGCCCGCGCUCAAGGCCACCUCGGCGCCGCACUUCCUCAACACGACGAUGCCGCGCCCCGUCUUUGCCAGCUCAGCGGCGGGGGCCGCUGCGUCGCCGACGUCGCCGCUCUCGCCCGUGCCUGCCGCUGCCAAUGCUGCCCUCGCAUCUCCCGCCGCGGCGGCACGGCGCAUCGCCAGCGCGCCCGCCGUGCACCCGCAGUCGGCGGCGGCGCUCCGCCCGUCGCGCCGCGAGAUCUCGGACCGCGUGGCGCGCGAGGCCAAGGUGGUGCAGGCGCAGAGCGAGGUGCAGGCGGCCGUGCAGCAGCUGCCGCUCGGCCUGCCUACCGCCGAGGGCAACGCCAUGGACGCACGCGGCACGACGCGCGCCAUCGGCAAGACGAAGAUGAACUCGCUGAGGAGUCUGUGGGAGCAGUGA